AUGAAUCAGACCACAGAAGAAGAGCCGCAGCCAGACGAAUUCGCCGAUGCAUACCCGUAUUUGGAUCGGGAUUACAUUCAUUACAAGCAUACCUUUGGUCGUGAUCCAGGCGCAAAGGUAGUCGGUCUUCUCGCCGACGGCGGGAUCCUUAUUCUCCGCAAUUGCGACGCCGUGGAACUUGCGUUCCUUCAGCUUGACCGGCUUGAGCCAACUCCACGACCCAUCGACCGGAUGUUAGAGGAUGCUCAUUGCGAGCGCAUGCGCAUGCUGGGUGCGGAGUGCUGGAAGAAUGACGAAGCAUUCGCAGUUCACGAAGCGUUUGAGGGCAAUAAAUCAUACCGCGAGGAUGUCUUGAUUGCAGGGUACCCCGCUACUGGGGGCGUAUGGGUGUUGCAGGCGAAGCCAGCUGCUGCGGCGCAGGCCGGGGUCGGUCGGAUCAAAAACGCGAGGGAUAUGGAGGAGCGGUGCCGGCUCAUCGAGAAGCUAGGGGGGACUUUUCAUGAGGAUCUAAAAGAGGCGACGUCUUUGUUUUCUGAAGACAGAAUCCGGUCUCCGUCUGGAGGGUACUACUGCGGUAAUGUACUGAGCUACGAGCAUAUGCGAGACUUGGAGAGGGAAUCAUACGGCGGUUGA